UAUCAAUAUUUUCAGUCGCUCUCCGCUCCGCAGGACCAUAUUUCAAAACGAAACAAUGCUGAACUAGUGAAUCACAUCUUAAAAAAUCUCGGUGGUCUCGAUCGCCUCGGUGAUGUCGGCCGUCGUUAA